AAAUGUCAUCUGCUAGGCCCCUUAGUCACAAAGUGUACCAAUAAGAUCUGUGGUCAUUUUUCACAGCUUUCUGACCACUUUCAGUUUCCAAUCAGUGUAACUAUGUGGGAUGACUCAGCUACAAGUUGCUACAAGAAUUUUCUUCUGUGGUUGCUAGAGAGAACCCAAACCAGCUCAGCCAAUUAGAGCUCCAGUUGUCACUCCAACCCGCGCUGGCCCUGGGAGUGAAGGGAAGUGUUUAUUUGGCGUAUGUGCGAAGCUGUUCAGAAGUUUCAGAGCCUUUGUCGCUUUGAAAGUCACCUAGAUGAUGUGGGCAUGGUCUCCUAAGCCCCCUGCUAGUUAAGCUCUCUGAAGAGAAGGUGGCAGACCCGGUUUGCUGAUCACACCAGGGAUCAGGAGUUAAGGAUAUGGACGCUUUAGAAGGGUAUAAUUUACCAGAUGUCACAAAACAGCUAGCAAAUAGCAGAACCAGGAUUGAAGUCUGUGUCUGGCAGAAUAACUGUCAGCCUUGGGCAACAAGUUAACACAGUUUGAAAUCCCUGCAGUCCUGGCAUUAAGAAGGUGGAUCCUGAAGUUCUUAGAUGGAGAGUAAAUAUAAGGAGAUACUCCUGCUAACGGGCCUGGAGAACAUCACCGAUGAAGAACUGGAUAGGUUUAAGUUCUUUCUUCCAGAUGAGUUUAAUAUUGCUACAGGCAAACUACAUACUGCAAAUAGACCACAACUAGCUAACUUGAUGAUUCAAAAUGCUGGUGUGGUGUCUGCAGUGACGAAGACCAUUCAUAUUUUUCAGAAGUUGAAUUACAUGCUUUUGGCAAAACGUCUUCAAGAAGAGAAGGAGAAAGUUGAUAAGAAAUACAAAUCGGUAACAAAACCAAAGCCACUAAGUCAAGCUGAAAUGAGUCCUGCUGCAUCCACAGCCAUCAGAAAUGAUGUCACAAAGCAACGUGCUGCACCAAAAGUCUCUGCUCAUAUUAAGCCUGAGCAGAAACAGAUGGUGAUCCAGCAGGAAUCUAUCAGAGAAGGGUUUCAGAAAGACCGUUUGCCAGUUAUGGUACUGAAAGCAACGAAGCCCUUCACGUUUGAGACCCAAGAAGGCAAGCAAGAGAUGUUUCAUGCUACAGUGGCUACAGAGAAGGAAUUCUUCUUUGUAAAAGUUUUUAAUACACUGCUAAAAGAUAAAUUCAUUCCAAAGAGAAUAAUUAUAAUAUCGAGAUAUUAUCGGCACAGUGGUUUCUUAGAAGUAACUAGUGCCUCACGUGUGUUAGAUGCUGAAUCUGACCAAAAGGUUAAUGUCCCACCAAACAUUAUCAGAAAAGCUGGGGAAACUCCAAAGAUCAGCACGCUUCAAACUCAGCCCCUUGGAACAAUUGUGAAUGGGUUGUUUGUAGUCCAGAAGGUAACAGAAAAGAAGAAAGGUAUAUUAAACCUAAGGGACAACACUGGGAAUAUGGAAGUAUUGGUGGCUGGAAACCAGGACACAAUAAAAUGUGAGGAAGGAGAUAAGCUUCGACUUACGUUCUUCACGCUGUCAAAAAAUGGAGAAAAACUACAGCUGACAUCUGGAGUCCAUAGCACCAUAAAGGUGGGAACUGCAUGGAGCAAAGUCAACUCUCCAAGGGGAUGAUAUUUUAUGUUUUCUAUCAGAAAGCUGGACUGGAGCCACUGGAAUAGAAGACAUUGAUAUUUACUACACGAGCAUCUCACAGAACUGAGGAACCUCCCUCUUAGGGGACACGUAUUCUAGAUACACAGUUAAGAGAACAUGGGCUUUUCGAGACAGAGACACAUACUGUUGUGCACACAGAGCCCAACAAAAGAGCUCCUCAGUAACACUAAAAGUUUAAAGCAGAGAGCUUGCCUAGAGUUGGAAAAGUCAUUCUGACUUUUUCAAAUGUCUUUUAAAGUAGACAGACCAGAAAUACCUUAAGAAUGCAUUUCCCUAGCCAGUCCCACCAUGCCUGCACCUACCAUAGUCCAGGGCAGUUGAGUCCACGUGAACCCCGACCUCUGACCUUCCACCACACCCUCCUACUCAUCUCCUGCCACUACUUGGUGCUCUUCCCCAGGUCUGUGUCAGGUGCACUGCCUGCUGUCUCUCCCUGUAAGAGUGGAGGCUGAGAGUGUAUUUCUCAGGUCAGAUAUUCACUUCAGGAAUAUGAUCCAAGAUGGAUCAAUGUAUUAGAAGGGUGGGAACAAAAUAAUUUCAUGAGAAGAUGGUGUACACUUCAGAAGGCCCUAGUGACUACAAACAGAGGAGGGGUAACUGGUCGAUUGCAUCUCAGAUUGCAUGUUUUUUUCUCCAUCAGGUUAUUAAGAACCAAAAAAAAAAAUAGAGAAAGGAAAAGGACCAAUUCAAACCAACCGGGAAGAAUACGUGAUACAGCCUGUUCCAUCAGAUUGCAAGAUUGCGGCAGUUCACAGGCUCCUCUCCACCAAGUUAGGAUAGGAUAAUUGCUGGAUAAACAAAUUUAAAAUAUCAACAGAUGAUUACAAUAAACAUCUGUUUCUCAUUCA